AAAAAGAGGUUUUCUUUAGGAAUUCACUAGAAUCACUUUUGAGUUGGAGAUCUUUUCUUCUCGGCCCUUCUUCCUGUCGCAUUCUUUUCUUCCUAAUCCAUUCCUACGUACUUGUGGCUUUUGUGUCUUUUCCAUAAAAUAGACUCAUGGCUGAAAAUACUCAUACUGCUAACGGUUAUACCAAAAUAGAGUGGCCAAUGAGUGCUGCUCUAGAUACCAACGAAGAAAGAAAUAUAGCCAAUGGCCCCUUUUGUAGUGAUAUUACCACCAGAAACAAUGUUGCUAGGUCCCAACGUACUCAACAAUAUAUACGUCACACUUGUGAACCACAAUAUUAUUCGGACUAUUUACAGUUGGACAACCUACUGUCUUGUCAAGCUCCUGUUACAGAACGUGCGGAUGACAAAGCACACGACGAAACACUGUUUAUCAUAGUCCAUCAAGUAUUUGAACUGUGGUUUAAGCAAAUAUUGAUCGAACUCGACUCCAUCAUCGAAAUACUAUCUUCUAUAGAAGUAUUCUGUGAUAAACGACUGGCACUCGUACUUCAUCGACUGAACCGAAUAAAGGAAAUAGAAGACGUCAUGAUUAGACAAAUAGAAGUUAUCCAAACCAUCACACCACAAGAAUUUCUGGACUUUAGAGACUAUUUGUUUCCUGCUUCUGGCUUUCAAAGUUUUCAGUUCCGUUUAUUUGAAGAAAAAUUGGGGAUCAGGAAUCAGAUGAGACCCAAUGAAGGAUGGUUCAACUCUCUACGAGAUGAACAUAAGCAAAUGAUUCACGAAGCAGAACGAGCGCCUUGUCUUUUUGAAGUGGUUGAAAAAUGGUUACAGUUGCUACCUUUUAGAGAAUUCCGUGGAUAUAAUUUUUCGCAAAGUUAUAAAGAAGCAACUGAUAGAAUGUUACAAGUGGAUGAGUCCAUCAUUGAGCAACAUUAUGAAGGAGAAGAUAAGGAAAAGGCAUUGAGAGAAUUGGAACGUACAAAAAAGGCAUUCCAAAGUGCUUAUGAUAGAGCAACUCAUGAGCAUUUGAUACAAAGUGGUCAGCGAAGAUUAGGUUUUAGGGCAACUGGUGCAGCUCUGUUGAUCAUGUUGUAUGAAGAUGAGCCCAUGUUGCAUACUCCUGCCUUGAUUCUUCGAGCAGUUGUCGAUGUAGAAGACAAGCUCAAUCUUUGGCGUUAUAGACAUGCACAAAUGGUUCGCAGAAUGAUUGGUGGAAAAGUAGGAACAGGAGGUUCUGUAGGACAUGCUUAUCUUCGUUCUACUGUGGAUCGAUAUCGAGUAUUUGGAGACCUUGCCAAUGUUUCUACUUUGUUGAUUCCUCGUCGUUUAUUGCCAGAGUUACCAUCAGAACUUCGAGAACAACUUACUUACUACCAUCGAAUGGAAAAACUAGAUAGGACAUUUUUUGAUAGAGGUGGGAGUGGUGAGUCUUUGGAUGACUUGUAAGAUGUUGUCUUUUCUCAGUUCAUUCUGUCUUUU